AUGGAUCUCGAUCCCAUGAUAUCAAGUUCACAAGAAGAUUAUUCAUAUUCCGAUUAUGAUAAUCGACCUAUUCGACCAAUGAAUCAAGAAGCAUUCAAUGAAACACUUGCACGAUUACCUAUUCUUAUUGACGAAGAUGAUUACAAUAAUCGAACGAAUGGUAGUUCCGAUUCAAGUAUCAAUAUAAAAGCUCGUUUAACAAAUCGUCGACAACCAAUACUUGCCUAUUCGACCCGACGAAAAAAUAAUCUACAAUCAUCAUCAACAUCUAAUACGAAUAACAAUCAAUCUUUAUUACAUGUUAAUACAACGACUGGAACACCGAAAAGUAAUAAACGUAAAUUAGGUGGAUGUACACCAACUGUUACUCCUUCAGCAAAUAAAGUUAUCAAACAACUCGAUUGCCGACAAGAAUUAAUACAGUUAAAAGAAGAAAACAAACUUCUUGCACAAGCAAAAGAAAACUUACAACUUGAAUGUGCUUUAUUAAAGAAUUCCCAUGAAACUGAUUUGGAGAAUUUCAAACAAGAACAUCAAACGACUAUUGACGUACUUGUGGAGGAAUUUAAAUUACAACGUGAACAGUUCGAUGCGUCUAUUGCCGACAAAGAACAGUCAAUAAUUCAAACUAAUCUUGAACUUGAUAAUCUUCGAAAUGAUCAUACUUUAUUAUUAGUUGAAAAAGAAACACUCGAAAAAAUUGUUGCCGAAUAUCAACUAUUUAAAGACGAAAUGACUAAUAAACUGAAUGAUAAUGAAAUGACAAUUAAAAGUCUUCAAGAAGAAAUCGAAAAAUUAACCAAAAUUCAGCAGCAACAAAGACAAGAAAAAAAGUCGAUCAAUAAAUCUACAUUAACUAAUGGCCGAAUGCCAUUGAAAGGAACAUCGACUGAUAGGCCAAGAACAGCUGGUAGUACUCUUUCUACAAACACAAAAACUGAACUAAAUCGAUCGAAAACCAUUACUAAGAUGUCAGUAACACGAGGAACUAAACAAGAUGAGCUCACAACAAUACCGUCGUCUUCUGUGCAUAUAACGUUGAAUAAAUCAAAUUCUUCGACAGGUUCAUCUACGUCGACAAAAAAACUACCUCAAUUUAAAUCUAAAAUUAAACCAAAUGUUAUUAUCGAAGAUAAAAAGAAGUCCGUUUCUUCUGUACCAUUGAUUGAAAAACGAACAAGUCUUAUAUCGACACGUACGAGAUCGAAAGUUGUUCCUACGAAAUCAUGA